GAGCGCACCGCCUGCCAGCCCUCCCCCCGGAGCGACCUUCCCGUCUCUUGGCCCCGUGCUGCCGGCCUACGAACGCGGUUAGCGACUGCAGGAAGGUGCCGCCAGUGGUUAUAGCCGCCGCCAUGGAGCAAACUUCGCUGGCCACCGCUCCUCCCCCUAUCCCCCGCAGAUCCCGAGAACGCGAGCGGGCGAGGCGCGGCGACCAGUCCCCCGACAAAGCCCAGCUCGCUCCCCGCUCGAACGCCCAUUCCCAUUCGAAGCGCGAUCGAGAUUAUAACGACGUCUUUGCCGACUGGACGAGCCGCGACCGAGCCCGAUACGCCGAACGCUAUCUCAAAGACGAGGACGAGGACCAAGUUGGCCCGCUGCCGCCUGCAUCGCCCGAGGUCAUCUCGUCGCUCAUCACAUCGCUUUCUGCCAUCUCCAGGCCAGUGAGCAACCACUUUGACGGCCCCUCGUAUCUGAGUCCAAUCGACCCGGCCAACCCACUCACGCUGUCGCUUCCCGCCUCACCCUCUGGCGGUUCCUUCGGCGUCACCUACGGCGCGUAUGCCCAGCCGUCGCUGAGGGAUUUACAAGAAGAGGAUGUCCCUCUAGAAGACCUCCCGGCGAGUUCCCCGGUCGUCCGGACUUCCAAGCCUCCGAGCGGCUUGUCGCCUUUGACCGCGCCCAAGUCGCCCAGGAGCCCUAGCGCUCGAGACUCGUCGGGCCUAAAAGGCCUCCUUUCGCGGCGUAGCAGUGGCGGUGUCUCCAGGCCUUCCAGCAGAGGAUCGCUGACGUCCGGAGCUGAGAGCAUCGGCAAAGUCAGCAUCGAGCGUAGCAGCCAAGAGCCGCUUUCGCCUGGUGCCGAGCCGCACGGAUUGAAGAAGCAACAGUCGCAUGACAGCUGGAAUAAGAAAGGCGCCCGGCACCAACGCUCCCUGAUGUACAUGAGCAGUAAGGAAAGAUUGCGAGAAAAGGAAGUCGAAAAGAAAAGAGCCAGCAUCGGGGCUGUCGGCGGGAACUCCAAGAGGCUAAGCGCAACAGGCGGUGCAACACACCUCGAUCCUCUCGCCGCCGAAUCCGUCAUCAACGAGGAGCCAAACGGGGAUCUCGCCGCCGGCGACGGCGAAGACCACGUCGGAACCGAUGGUGGCCCCGCAGAGAGCCUCGCAGAUCCACGUCUGAUUCCCGCUAGAGACUCGUCCUUGCGGAAGACCGGAACCAGCGGGAAGAGGGCGUCAGCGAGGACUUCGCGGACUUCGAAGCGGGACAGCGAGGGUGGCGGUGGCGCGUCCCUGACAAUCCCGGAGCUCGAGGAGCAGAGUGGUGGGUCUCGCGCCUCACGGGGCGACGCGGCAAAGCGGCGCCCUGCCGGCCACAGGGAAGGGCAUGACUUAGACCCUCUGAGACUCUCUGCGGACAGGCCGCGGGACAAGAGGGCGUCCAAACCGGUGCCUGAGGCGCCCAGCACGGACCCGGCGACGCCCGCGGUCUCCAUGUUCCCGGACCCUGAUGCCAUCGACGACGGCGCGCCUUCGCCCUCCGUUGCGCAAGGGCGUCGCCGAGACCGGGAAGCGAGCGCUGAGUACCGGCGACGGUCCGGCCGCCUGACUCCCGAUCCCUUUGGCUGCUAUGCAAGUGAAGGCGGCAGUACCACCGUCAAGGCGAAGCGCAGCAGCGCGAAGCUCAAGCGACUCUCGGGCGCUCCAAGUCCUAGCGCCGACAAUGCGACAGACCAAGCCGCCGCGGCGGGAAGUAAAAGGCACAGCGACCAGCCUCACGUCGCCUAUGAGCGGCCGCGGAGCGCCGACAGCAUCGACGAUGCAGUGGAAAGCUAUCUAUGCAGCCCCCGGCUCAGCCAGAAGAUUAGGCAUCCUCAAACCGGCCGGGUCAUCAGCUUUAGUGAGGUGGGGGAUCCGAACGGCAGCGCCGUCUUCUGUUGCGUCGGCAUGGGAUUGACUAGGUACAUCACCGCCUUUUACGAUGAGCUGGCCUUGACCCUGAGGUUGCGCCUGAUAACGCCGGAUCGCCCCGGCGUCGGUGACAGCGAGCCGUAUGCCGAUGGCACCACAACCCCUUUGAGCUGGCCUGAUGACGUGUACGCGAUUUGUCAAGCCCUCAAGAUCACCAAGUUCUCCAUCUUGGCGCAUUCGGCCGGCGCCAUCUAUGCUCUUGCCACCGCGCUCCGAAUGCCCCAGCACAUCAGGGGCAGGAUUCACCUGCUUGCCCCCUGGAUUCCCCCCUCCCAAAUGAACGUAUUUGGUGCCAGCGAGAAAACACCGUUGCCUCCAACAAAUGCCAUCCCCACCAGCCAAAAGAUCUUGCGGGCACUCCCGACGCCUAUUUUGAAGGCGGCCAACAGCAGCUUCAUGACGGCCACGAGUUCCAGCAUCACGAGCUCCCUGCCGAAGCAAAAAAGAGCCAAGCGAGACAAGAAGAGCAGCGCCGCUGCGAAGGAGAGCAGGGAUAUGCCGAAGGGCAUGUUCCAUGGAGCGGGGGAGAACAAGGAGAACGCCAACCACCUCGGUGAGGACCCCAAGAAAUAUGCGCCUUUCCCGGCGGCGGAAGAGAAUGGGGACCAGAAACGGCCGGGCGAAAGCAACGGCCCUACCGCAGGUUCGCCCCAGGCUCUGGGCACCGGCCACCGCCACCGCCGAUCCAACUCCAGCCACCAGGGCUUCCGGCGACAGGCGGACAAGGAGGAGCUGGUCAUCUCGAAGGCCGCCGCCCUAGCGAGUGCGCAGAUUGCCAACCGCGAGCGCCAGGAGUUGUACGACAACCGCCUGACGCACGCCAUCUGGCAGUUGGCGACGACGGGCGCCAACCCGGCCGUCGACCUGCUGGUGUGCCUGGAACGGCGCCACACGAUCGGCUUCCGCUACGUCGACAUCACCAGGCCGGUGGUGAUCCACCACGGCAGCCGCGACACGCGCGUGCCGGUCGACAAUGUGAGGUGGCUGGGCAAGACGAUGCGCCGGUGCGAGGUCCGCGUGCUCGAGGGCGAGGGCCACGGCCUGAUGGCCAGCGCGCAGGUCAUGGGCGGCGUGCUCAUGGAGAUCAGCAGGGAAUGGGAGGAAUGGAGCCGUGUGACUGGGGCAACGAAGAGAGAGCAUGAGCGAGGGAGGAGGAACACCAUCGGCCGGUAAGAUGAGAGCGGGACGACCUCGUCAACGCUCCGUGCCCGUUGCCCCCGGGUUGGUUGGAUAACCACCGGAUGACAUACCUGCUUUUCGCAGGCACAGCAGUUGAGCACGAUGAUACCUGAAUGUAAUCACUAAUAAUGCUAGUUCCUAUGUACAUUGGAAACAUUGGAUUAGCCGACAGGCCAGCGUGCAUUCACCAGUGAUCAGUUCUAAAGUAGGAUCUCCUGAAGUCAACAAUCAGGCCUCCGCCCCCCACCCCUCGUCUGCAGUUGUUCCCAAACCUGUACUCUUGCGUCAACGUCCCUCGCAGACCACUUCA